AUGAUCGCUGCUUGGUACUCGCUCUACCUGCAAUCUAGUACAAUUGCCAAGUUCAUAAUAACAUUUACUUUACUACCCUAUAUCCAGAAAAUUGCCUACGAUGCAGUAUUGAGUAGAGAAAGUCAUGACGUAUAUCUCGAAUUUGCAAAAGAAAGAAGAAGAAGAAAUACAACCUAUAAUAUACCGGUGAUUCGCAGAAUAGCGCGAUACCUUCAUGAAAUGCCCGACUUGUCAAUUUUCCCAUUUUCUUUGCCAAAGCUAUUUCUUCUUUUUAUGUUAAACUUGAUUCCUGUUUUUGGACCAAUAUUUGUGAUGUUCUUCCAAGCAAGCUCAAAGGGAUUGCAAGCUCAUCGGAGAUAUUUCAUGUUGAAAGGGUACUCACGACUGGAAAUUAGAGAAAGAUACAAAAUAGACAAACCUAUAUACAUGGCAUUUGGUUUAACUGCUUUGUUGUUAGAAAUGGUGCCCAUAUUAAGUGUAUUUUUUAUGUUUACAAAUACCAUCGGUGCUGCUUUGUGGGUCGUUGAUUUAGAAAAACAAGAAAAAUUGGUAUCAUUUGAAAGAGAAGAAAAGACUCAAUUGAAGAUGAAACCAUUGAUUCCAAAUGAGCCAAGUAUAUUUAACGGAGAGGAACCGUUGUUACACACCGGCACGCAACUUCAGACUCACGGCAAUCUACACUAUAAUGAAUCAUAA